AUGCUGUAUAUUUUUGCCUUUUGCUGCCUUCAUUGUGCAGUAAUUUCUAUUGGAACAAUUAAAUCCUUUGAAAUACCUGGCGAUGAGGAAACUGAAGCAAAUUUGCUCAUCCCUGUUGAAAAUCUGAUCGAUACAGAUCCGAGGGUAUUUAGAACUGCUGGACUUGAUGGACUUCCUGCUGUUGGAAUUAAGCGUGGUGUAGAAAUAGUUGUCCCCUAUAGAAUAUAUUUACCUCGAAAAUUUUAUCGUAAUUUUGCUAUUCUUGCAUCCAUUCGCCCUUCCGAUAAUUUGGGUGGCCCAACACAAACAAACAUUUCCCUUUUCUACACCGAUUCUUCUUCAACCGAUUCAUCAGAACAACGUAGCACAUCCAGAGUUUUAGCUUCCUUUUUAGUUCCAGUAUUUGCUGGGCAAUGGACACAAUUUGCAUUAGAAGUACAUGAACAGACUGUUGGGCUAUAUUUUAGAUGUAUGAGAUAUGCCGUUAGACAAGUGUAUAGACACCCUACACAGCUGCAAAUGGACGAUGCUUCUAAAUUAUAUAUUGCAAAUGCUGGUCCUAUUAUUGGUGGGGGGUUUGAAGUAAAGUUUUUAUUUUUAUUUUUUACAAAAAUUGUAUAG